GUCCCCCUUGGUCCAAGCGGCCCGGUCCAGCAUUAUUCCUCCCAUCUCCAUCGCACACGGCAUUAAAAACCCCCCCGUCCCCGUCCACCAACGGAGCCAAACACGCAAUCGGUCCUCGAUAUUCCUGUUCUCCUACGUUGCUCUCUCCUCUUCUCUUCUCUGUGCUCCCGGGGGCGAGAUGGCGGCGGGCGGAAAGGUCUCCUUCAAGAUCACUCUCACCUCCGAUCCCAAGCUCCCCUUCAAAGUUUUCAGUGUCCCGGAGGCGGCGCCCUUCACUGCGGUGCUGAAAUUCGCCGCGGAAGAGUUCAAGGUCCCUCCUCAGACCAGCGCCAUCAUCACCGACGAUGGCGUGGGUAUUAACCCACAGCAAAGUGCAGGUAAUGUAUUUUUAAAACAUGGCUCAGAGUUGCGUCUCAUACCUCGCGACAGAGUUGGAGCUUCAUCAACCUCCUAAAUGUGCCCUUAUCUUAUUUCUUUUUUGCAAGCAAAGUUUGCAUCUCCACAUUGCUGUUAGAUAUUUUAUGCUAUCAAGAUAUUCUCUUCCUAUACACCAGAUGUGAGAAAAUAUUGGUGGGUAUACUCGGCUUGUAGGAUUUAAAUAAUUAUUACUACUGCAUUUAUCGUUCACUUACAUUGUGUCAGAAUGUGUGGACUGUUCUGCUGUGCUGAUGUAAUUGACCAAUAAUAAGUGCGACUGAAUCGAUGUUGUGUGUAUCUAUUUAUGA